AUGUUGAAAUUGGUAAUUAACUCAUUGUUUAAAUGUGUUAGUCACAAAAGACACAUCAGCAUCCGACAUGGUCAACUUUUUGCUUCUGAUGUCCAUAUUGCUGAACUAGAAAAUGGAAUACGUGUAGCAACUCAAGAAACACAAUCACCUUUGGCUUGCUCCUCGCUUUUCAUUAAAACGGGUGCAAGAUUUGAAAAUGAAUGCAAUCAUGGUAUUACUCAUUUUAUGGAACAUCUCGCAUUUCAAGGAUUCAAAUCUUUGCCUAAAUGUGAUUUUGAAGAAUCAAUAACUAACAGUGGUACGAGGUUGAUGGUUCAUACUGCAAGAGACUAUCAAUUGUUUACUGCCGUAAGCUCCGGGGAUAAUGCUGGUAAAUGUGUCGACAUUUUAAUAAAUAUUUUGACUGAUCUUGAACUAUCCGACUUUGAUAUACAUCUUCAGAAGGAUUAUGUCGCUUCAGAAGCGAUUGAUGAAGAUAACAAUCCUAAAUCUGUAGUUUUCAAUUAUUUGAACCAAACGGCUUUCCAAGGGACACCACUGAGUAGAGGUAUUAUCGGUCCAAGUAUUAACAGGAUGAAUUUUGAUCGGGAAAUGAUUUGUGAAUACAAGCAGUAUAAUUAUCAACCACAUCGAAUACUUUUCGUAUCAACGGGGUGUGUAUCUCACUUCACAAAUAUGUGCGAAAUAAAUAAUCGUCUUUGUAAUUGGCCGCCAUCGCGUUGGCCUUGUACUGAACUUGGGCCUAGACGAUUUACAGGAUCUUCUAUUAUUUAUCGCGAUGAUUCAAUGCCUUACGCGCACGUUGCACUCGCAGUGGAGGCACCAGGAUAUAAUAGCCCGGACUAUUUACCACUUCUUGUUGCUAGUUUUCUAACAGGAUCGUGGGAUAGAAGCCAAGGCGGCGCCCACAAUAAUGAUUCUCCCCUAGCACGUGCAGCUGCUGUCUCUAACCUUUGUGAGAAAUUUGAAUCAUUUUAUGUGUCGUACGAAGAUACAGGUUUAUGGGGAGUAUAUUUUGUCAGUGGAGGAAAAGCUAUAGAUGAUAUGGUCGGUAACAUACAAGAUCAGUGGAUGCAAAUGUGUACUACUAUACGUACUAGUGAUGUCCAGCGAGCAGUCCAUUUAGCUAAAUUGAAGUUGGCAAAUAAUAAGGCUGGUAUAAUUCGUUCAUGUAAAGACAUCGGCUUGCAGUUAUUAUAUACUUCAAACUGGAAAUCUCUAUCUCAACAAUUUGCUGAUAUAAAACAAUUAAAGAAUGAAGAUAUUAAGGAUUUGUGUUAUACAUAUUUAUAUGAUAAGUGUCUAGCCGUAGUUGCUGUUGGCCCAACAGAAUCUUUACCAGAUUACACUAGGAUCAGAGCAGGCAUGUAUUGGUUGAGAUUAUGA